UUUGGAACGCGGACCUGCGGAGCGGGCCGGCGGCCAUUUUGUGAAGCGGCGAAAGAGGUGGUGGCUGCUGCUGCAGGCUCCGGAAAGCCGUUCGCGUAGGGGCUGUCGGCCGCGGGCGGAGGCGCUCUCUUGGGGAGUAACUCGGCUCUGGGUUCGGGUGCCGCGCAGUUCUCCCCGGAUUGACAUGGCCUCUACUUCUUGUUAAGAAAAUACAUCUCUUGUUUUAUCAGAGAGAGUGGGAUAGAGAGGAGAAGAGAAGACAGAAACAUUGAUGUGGGAGAAACACAUCGACUGGUUGCCUCCUACACAUGCCCCAACCAGGGCCUGGGCUGGGGAGGAGCCCGCAACCAAGGUGUGUGUGGUUUCAGCGCAGCAUGGCUGUGGUCAUCCGUUUGCAAGGUCUCCCAAUUGUGGCGGGGACCAUGGACAUUCGCCACUUCUUCUCUGGAUUGACCAUUCCUGAUGGGGGCGUGCAUAUUGUAGGGGGUGAACUGGGUGAGGCUUUCAUCGUUUUUGCCACUGAUGAAGAUGCAAGGCUUGGUAUGAUGCGCACAGGUGGUACAAUUAAAGGGUCAAAAGUAACACUGUUGUUGAGUAGUAAAACGGAAAUGCAGAAUAUGAUUGAACUGAGUCGUAGGCGUUUUGAAACUGCCAACUUAGAUAUACCACCAGCAAAUGCUAGUAGAUCAGGACCACCACCUAGCUCAGGAAUGAGUGGCAGGGUUAACUUGCCUACAACAGUACCCAGCUUUAAUAAUCCUUCACCCAGUGUAGUUACUGCCACCACUUCUGUUCAUGAAAGCAACAAAAACAUACAGACAUUUUCCACAGCCAGCAUAGGAACGGCUCCUCCAAAUAUGGGGACUUCAUUUGGGAGCCCAACGUUUAGCUCAACCAUUUCAAGUACAGCCUCUCCAAUGAACACAGUCCCACCACCACCAAUUCCUCCAAUUCCAGCGAUGCCAUCUUUGCCACCAAUGCCAUCCAUUCCCCCAAUACCAGUUCCUCCUCCAGUACCUACUUUGCCUCCCGUGCCUCCAGUGCCCCCAAUUCCCCCAGUCCCUUCUGUGCCACCCCUGACUCCACUGCCACCUAUGUCGGGCAUGCCGCCCUUAAACCCACCACCUGUGGCACCUCUGCCUGCUGGAAUGAAUGGCUCUGGAGCACCUAUGAAUCUGAACAGUAACAUGAACCCUGUGUUUCUGGGUCCAUUGAAUCCUGUUAACCCUAUCCAGAUGACUUCUCAAAGCAGUGUGAAACCACUUCCCAUCAACCCUGAUGAUCUGUAUGUCAGUGUGCAUGGAAUGCCCUUUUCUGCAAUGGAAAAUGAUGUCAGAGAUUUUUUUCAUGGGCUCCGUGUUGAUGCAGUGCAUUUGUUGAAAGAUCAUGUAGGUCGAAAUAAUGGGAAUGGAUUGGUUAAGUUUCUCUCCCCUCAAGAUACAUUUGAAGCCUUGAAACGAAACAGGAUGCUGAUGAUACAACGUUAUGUGGAAGUUAGUCCUGCGACAGAGAGACAGUGGGUAGCUGCUGGAGGCCAUAUCACUUUUAAGCAAAGUAUAGGACCCUCUGGACAAACCCAUCCCCCUCCUCAGACACUUCCCAGGUCAAAAUCGCCCAAUGGGCAGAAAAGGUCAAGGUCAAGAUCACCACAUGAGGCUGGUUUUUGUGUUUACUUGAAAGGGCUACCAUUUGAAGCUGAAAACAAACAUGUCAUUGAUUUUUUUAAAAAGUUGGAUAUUGUGGAAGAUAGUAUUUAUAUCGCGUAUGGACCCAAUGGGAAAGCAACUGGUGAAGGCUUUGUGGAGUUCAGGAAUGAGGCUGACUAUAAGGCUGCUCUGUGUCGUCAUAAACAAUACAUGGGCAAUCGUUUUAUUCAGGUUCAUCCAAUUACUAAGAAAGGUAUGCUAGAAAAGAUAGAUAUGAUUAGAAAAAGACUCCAGAACUUCAAUUAUGACCAGAGAGAAAUGAUGUUAAAUCCGGAGGGGGAUGUCAGCUCUACCAAAGUCUGUGCUCACAUAACAAAUAUUCCAUUCAGCAUUACCAAGAUGGAUGUUCUUCAGUUCCUAGAAGGAAUCCCAGUGGAUGAAAAUGCUGUCCAUGUUCUUGUUGAUAACAAUGGGCAAGGUCUAGGACAGGCAUUGGUUCAGUUUAAAAAUGAAGAUGAUGCACGUAAGUCUGAACGCUUGCACCGUAAAAAACUUAAUGGGCGAGAAGCUUUUGUUCAUGUAGUUACUCUAGAAGAUAUGAGAGAGAUUGAGAAAAAUCCCCCUGCCCAAGGAAAAAAGGGGUUAAAGAUGCCUGUGCCAGGUAAUCCUGCAGUUCCAGGAAUCCCAAGUGCUGGAGUGCCUAGUGCCGGAAUGCCCAAUGCAGGAAUGCCCAGUGCUGCAAUGCCCGGUGCUGGAAUGCCCGGUGCUGGAAUGCCCAGUGCCGUAAUGCCUAGUGCUGGAAUACCCAAUUCGGGAAUGCCCAAUGUGGGGAUGCCCAAUGCGGGGAUGCCAAGUGUGGGGAUGCCCAAUUCGGGGAUGCCCAACGCGGGAAUGCCCAAUGCAGGAAUGCCUAAUGCAGGAGGUGAAGAGCAUGCCUUCCUGACUGUAGGAUCUAAGGAGGCCAAUAACGGGCCUCCAUUUAAUUUUCCUGGUAAUUUUGGUGGGCCAAAUGCCUUUGGACCACCACUGCCUCCUCCAGGAUUAGGAGGAGCCUUUGGUGAUGUUAGGCCUGGUAUGCCUUCAGUUGGAAAUAGUGGUUUGCCUGGUCUGGGACUGGAUGUUCCAGGUUUUGGAGGUGGACCAAAUAAUUUAAGUGGGCCAGGAUUUGGAGGGGGUCCUCAGAAUUUUGGAAAUGGCCCUGGUAGCUUAGGUGGUCCCCCAGGCUUUGGAAGUGGCCCUCCGGGUCUUGGAAAUGCCCCAGGCCAUUUGAGUGGACCACCAGCCUUUGGGCCUGGGCCCGGGCCCGGGCCUGGUCCAAUCCACAUUGGUGGUCCCCCUGGCUUUGGAUCUAGUUCUGGAAAACCAGGACCUACAGUAAUUAAAGUGCAGAACAUGCCCUUUACUGUGUCUAUUGAUGAGAUUUUAGAUUUCUUUUAUGGCUAUCAAGUGAUCCCAGGCUCAGUUUGUUUAAAAUACAAUGAAAAAGGUAUGCCUACAGGAGAAGCCAUGGUGGCCUUUGAAUCUCGGGAUGAAGCCACAGCUGCUGUCAUUGAUUUGAAUGACAGACCUAUAGGCUCAAGGAAAGUAAAACUUGUAUUAGGAUAGCUAUUCAAAUCAAUUCUUUGUAGGGUAGAUAUUCAUAGUGUUGUGAUUAAUGCAUCCAGAUUGUUUUCCUAGUAUUUCCAGGUUAGAACCUGUGGAUUGUUUCUAUUGCAUAUAGAUUGGUUUUCAUAACAUAGAGCAUUGGUUGACUGUUUACAGAAGACUCACAACCAGGAUAAACAUUGCUGUAUGUUAUAGUAAAACUGUGUGGAGAGAACACAAAAAUGAUUUUGGCAUACCAUUAGAGAAACGAUUUGUAAAACUCAAAUGAUGACAUAAAGCUUAUCAAGGAGUCUAGAUUGGUUUUGUUUUGUACCAUAUGGGAUGAAGAAAAUAGAAUUGUCAAUAGAGCUCAUUAAGGGUGCUCUUGCCAGCUGCUGAAAAAUAGAAGUUGGUUACUCUUGGAAUUUGGUUUAAAGCUGGACAGAUUUGCUUUGUUAUAGGAUCAAAGCUUUGUCUAAAGUCUUUAUUUUCUUUUAAAAUUAAAUAAAAUCUCUGUAUACAGAUUCACUGUAUGUACCUUUAUUGCUUUUUGAGGGUUCUUGCUGUAUAGACAGUCCUGCUUCUGAAGUUGCUGCUUUGUUUGCCUAACUGACUCAUUUGUAAAUGAGCAGAACUGUUUUGUUAUAUUUUUUUAAUAUAAAACUCCACACUUGGUUUGUGCUAUAACCUUGAAUUUUGAUUUCUAAUGUCACACUUAAAACUGUGGAAUAAGACUUUGCCACAAAAAUAAAAUACGGAGUUCUCUACCUA